AUGCCUGUCUCCGAAACCACUCCGCUGCUGGCCGUCGUCCAGGUGGCGCCCCGGCGGCAUCGCUAUCCUCAUCAUGCUCUGCGCCGUGCCUGCACCUUCGCCCUGGGAGCUGUUCUCCUGGUAGCCGUCGUGCUCUUCCUGUCGCCGGUCGCUAUCCUGCCCCGCGAACACGGCUCCCUGUGGUCGUAUCUGCCCUGGGCCCAUCCGUUCCCCCACAAAUCCUGGCCCCAUGGGGACGGCCUGUCGUACCACGAGCUGCAGUCCGUCUUGUACAACACCCCGACUCCGGAGAAGCUCCGCGAGUGGAGCGUGUACUACACCGCGGGGCCCCAUCUCGCUGGGGGGAACUUCAGCCAGGCUGUCUGGACCCAGGAGAAAUGGAAGGAGUUUGGCGUGGAGGACACCCGCAUCGUCGCCUACGACGUCUAUCUCAACUAUCCGGUCGACCAUCGCCUGGCUCUGCUGAAGAAGAGCGGCGACGACGACUUUGACGUUACCUUCGAGGCGACCCUGGAGGAAGACGUUCUGGAGGAGGAUCGCACGAGCGGCCUGCCCAAUCGCGUGCCCACCUUCCACGGCUAUUCGGCCAGCGGCAACGUGACGGCGCAGUAUGUCUACGCCAACUUCGGCAGCUACGAGGAUUUCGAGGACCUGAGAAAGGCGAAUGUCAGCGUCGAGGGCAAAAUCGUCAUCGUCAAGUACGGCGGCCUCUUCCGUGGCCUCAAGGUCAAGCGUGCGCAGGAGCUGGGUGCGGUCGGAGUCAUCAUCUACUCUGAUCCCCAGGAGGAUGGCGAGAUUACGGAAUUGAACGGAUACAAAGCGUACCCGGAGGGUCCUGCGCGGAACCCGAGUGCUGUCCAGAGAGGAAGCGUUCAGUUUUUGAGCAUAAGUCCCGGUGACCCAACAACGCCAGGCUAUGCAUCCAAACCCAAUGUUGAACGGCAGGAUCCGCACGAACGGAUUCCAUCGAUCCCUUCCAUUCCCAUCUCGUACAAGGAGGCGUUGCCCCUGCUGAAGGCCCUCAACGGACACGGCCCGAAAGCGUCAGACUUCAACAAAUAUUGGCAAGGCGGUGGGCUUGCGCAAAAGGGCGUUGAAUACAACGUUGGGCCUUCUCCCGAGGAUGUCGUGAUCAACCUGUACAACCAGCAGAACUACGUGACGACCCCUCUGUGGAACGUGAUCGGUGUGAUCAAGGGGUCCAUUCCCGAUGAAGUCGUCAUCCUGGGCAACCAUCGCGACGCUUGGAUCGCAGGGGGAGCAGGCGACCCCAACAGCGGCUCGGCAGCCCUCAACGAGGUGGUGCGCAGCUUUGGCGAGGCCCUCAAGGCGGGCUGGAAGCCUCUCCGCACGAUCGUCUUUGCCAGCUGGGACGGCGAAGAGUAUGGCCUGGUCGGAUCGACCGAGUGGGUGGAAGAUAAUCUGCCCUGGCUCUCCAAGACCAACGUUGUCUACCUGAAUGUCGAUGGGGCCGCGACUGGGACGAGGUUCAGCGCCAGCGCCAGCCCCCUCUUGAACAAGGCCCUUUUCGAAGCGACUGGACUCGUCCAGUCCCCGAACCAGACGGUCGAGGGUCAGACAGUGCGCGAUGUCUGGGGCGGCCACAUCUCGACCUUGGGCAGCGGAAGCGACUACACGGCGUUCCAGGACUUUGCGGGCAUCUCCAGUGUCUCUUUCGGAUUCAGCAGCGGACCGGGAGACGCCGUGUACCAUUACCACUCCAACUACGACAGUUUCGACUGGAUGGACCGCUUCGGCGACCCGGGCUGGGUGUACCACCUGGCGACCACGCGGAUCUUCUCGUUGUUGGCAGCGCAUCUCGUCGAGACGCCGGUCCUGGCCCUGAACGCGACCGACUACGCCACCGGUCUGCAGUCGUACCUGGACCGGCUCAAGCCCCGGGCGGCCGCCAACGUCCCUGGCUUCAGCUUCUCCGGGCUGGAAGACGCCAUCAGUACGUUCCGCACCGCCGCGGUCAGCUUCGACGCCUACGCCGCGGACCUGACGCGCCGUCUCGGCGAACACGUACCCUGGUACCACUGGUGGAAGAAAGUGCGGCUCUUCUUCGAGAUCCGCGCCGUCAACGACAAGUACAAGCUCCUGGAGCGCAAGUUCCUGUACGAGGGCGGCCUGGACGGACGGUCCUGGUUCAAGCACGUCGUCUUCGCGCCGGGUCUGUGGACUGGCUACGCGGGCGCUACGUAUCCCGGUCUGGUGGAAAGUUUUGAUGCGGGUGAUGUGGAGAAUGCGGAGAGAUGGGGCGCUAUCAUCGAAGAGCGGAUCAGGAGCGCUGCUGCGGCGCUGAAUUGA